AUGCUGGCCAGACAGGGUGUUGCCUCCUUUGCUGAGCGAGCUCCGGCACCACAGAAAAAGAGCGCGUUGGGCCCUGAGAAAAAGCUGCAGUACUUGUCUGCGAGCCAUCAAGACAUGGCCCACCUGGGCGGACGUGACGGCAUACUGCAGGCUCUCAAGUCCACAGACCUGACAUGGCCCCUCAUGAAGCUGGACGCAACUUUUUUUGUGGAGCGGUGUCAGGAGUGCAGACGGAAUACCACGCGGGACACCAUUGAGUCUCGGCCUCGCCACUUGCCUCGUCCAGGGCAAGCUGGAGACGUGAUCGGAUGGGAUCUGAAAACAGUGGUGCCGGUGAGGGGGUCCAAAUGGACCAUGCUUCUAGCAAUCGACUUCACGUCGUCGAAGGUGUGGACAUGGGACCUUGACUUCAAGAAGGCCAACCUCCAGGAAGUCCAAUCGAGAAUGAUCAAGUUUUACCAAGAGGUCGAACUGCCCUGCUGCUGCUGGACGGACAAUGGAUCGCAGUUCCGCAACCUUCUCUCAGCGGCGAUUGAACUCACUCUCGGUGUCCGUGCGAUGACAAUACCAGCCGGUCGUCCACAAUCGAACGGGAUUGUUGAGAUCAGAAACAAGAUCUUAGAUCGCGCUGUUCAAGGAGAUCGAAGCCGAUUAGGCACGGCCACCGUUGCCUACAACCAGAAGAAUCUCACCACAUGCGACUUGCCCCCGGAGACACUGUGGAGGCUCCUCAGGCCACAAGAGAGCAGAUGGCGGUACUUCAACCUGAAGGCAGCGGCUGAAGCUCCAGCGACCAUGACUGAUGGUGAGUGGCACGCCUUCCUGGACGCAACGCAAUGGGAUAAGCAAUCUCUACAGGAUAGAGCGAAGGCCCUGCACGCCGUCAUCAACCCAUUGCGGCGGGCCAUGCAGAGCAAGCAGCUGCGGGCGCAGAUGAAGACCCAGAUGAAGUGGCUCCGCAGAAAGCACAAGAGGGCAGCCAUGCCACUGCUUGCGGGGGACAUAGUGCUGUCCAGAGCCACACAGUACACGACACGGUGUGGGCCGCAUAAGUUCGAGACGAAGGGCGGUGGUCUGAGGACGUGGGCCGUGCUGCAAGUCCGUCAAGGAUUUGUCCAGGUGCAGGAUGCUGCGACGGGCGAGAUUGCCUGGAGACACGAUUCGCACCUGAAGCUCAUGCCGCGGGCCGUGGCGGCCGACAAUGACAACCAGAAUAUGUCAGCGAUGCAGUCUCCGGAGACGGUGAUGCCUGCGUGGGACGUCGUCCGGGCUGCCGCGGAUGGUGCGUGCCUUUUCAGGUCGCUGGCUAUGGGCUGCGAUGCUGCUCGUGGGGCCACAGCUGCUGCUCUGACAGACGAUGCGGGUAGUGCGGCGGAGAUGCGCGAGACGCUGCUCAUGCACUUGGAGUGUCGCGCAGACAACGCAAAGAACGAUGAUCUAAUAAGCCUUCAGCUGCAAGUGGAGGCCGAGAUGCUGGACGACCCCAUUUGGAUGCAGGACCAUGCUGCUGAUGCCUGGUCGUGGCCGGACUACUUCGCCUUCAUGUCACGCCCUGGGAGUUACGGCACGGCCGUGCAUUUGCAGACUUUCGUGGAAAGCCACGAGAUGGCGAUCGAGGUGUGGGAGAAUAUCGCUCCCCAUGGCAAGCUCACGUGCACGUGGCGCGAGGGCGAAGCCUUUAAGAAGGCUGUGCGUCUUCUGCGGUCGGGCAACCAUUAUGAUCUGCUCGUCCCUCGGAGACGGUUGCGGCAUAAGACCAGCUGCAAGUGA